UAUAUCCUCAGUUUCUAUUCAACACUUGUUGCAGGAAUAGUUUCUUACGAAGUGCCGAUAGAACAGUAUUUUCACAGCACUUAUAGCAUGGAUAAUUUCACUGUUUGUGUUUGAGAAAAGCCAUAGAUGUAAUGGUAUGACCGAUUCAUAUAUUGAUCUCUAUUUCCUAUACCUAUUUCUUGUAGAAAAUUGACUUCGCUCAAAACAAAUAUUAUCUAAUUCUUAAUACUUAUUUGGUUAAAAAAUUGUGUGUUUUUCUAAGGAAUGAAUUGCUAUUAUGAAUUUAGACAUGCAUACUAGCAUUUCUAAGUGAAAUAAGCUAACGGUCUGAAUUUAAUACUGCCUAAACCUGUUCUGCUUUUAUUAAGUCAGUAAAAUUGGAAACGAGUAGAAAAUAAAUGAAGUGUGCAAGCUUGUGUAUCUGGCCCCGUGUUCACAAAACAUUUCAAGUCUUAGCUGAGUCUGAGUAUGAAACUUAAUAUGUCAUUUCUAUCUAUAGUAAAUAGCAUGUUUAAAACUGAAUUUCAAUUAAUAACUAUUUUUAAGUGGCAUUUUAAUACUUUUGGUCAGUUUCAGUUGGAAUUUAACCUCGAAUAUUUCCUAAAAUUGAUAUUAAAAUUUCAAACUCAAACUCGGCUGAGAUCGAAAAUUGUUUUGUGAACAGGGGGCCUGGUUAACUCAGAUCAUAUGUAAUUUGAUUUUUGGUCAUUUUUUUCUUUUCUUUGGUUGUUUGUGAAAUAUAAAAUCCCUUUUUGUUUUCUCAUACCUACAUAAUUAUGACGAGGAAAUUUUCUCAUACAUACAUACAUACAUAGCCUAAAUUUAUGUCAAGCUACAAUUUUCCUGAAAGUACUUGAGUCCGGGGAAGUGUUAUAUCCGAUAUUAUUUCCUGUACUUCAGCUCGAUUGUCAACUUGAAUUACAAAAUGGAUAAGUUACAUAAAUUAUUUAUGAACUUAUGUUUGUUAAUAUUACCAGCUAUGGAUUACAUUCAAUGCAUGGAUGAAGAACAUGACUUGUCAGACUAUCCAAUCUGCAUAGAAGGCAAUUAUCUAGAUGGAGAUAGAGGGAAAAUAAUACCGUAUGAAAAGAAUACAAACACUUGGUGUAUGUCCCAAUGUGUGUCGUUACAAUACAGAUUUACUGGUACAAAGGGUGAGCUUUGCUAUUGCGCUGACGGUGUUUGGAAUAAAAUAGAAUCAUCCACAUGUGACACCAAAUGUCCUGGAGAUGAAAAUGAAGUUUGCGGAGGAGAAGAACGAAUAUCAUUGUAUAAGACUUUGUUUCAAACUACAGAAACAACCGCGAAAGAAGUAACAACACAACCAUUUACAACAUACACCAGAAAUAUGCCAACGCAGACUGGAUCAAGUACAAAAACUCUGAUCACAAAGGAAAGCUUCUUAUUAGUAACAACGCGGAAAACAUUUGGAAAUGAAAAUGUUUCACCCAAGGGAGAAAAUAAAGAAGGCAUUUCAACAGCAACUGCAGUCUACAUUGCACUUCCGCUUGUAAUCGUAAUGUCUGGAGUCAUCGCACUGGUCAUUUGCCUAAUUGUGAGGCGACGGAGAGUUAAACGUGUAUCACGUGUCAGUUACCAUACAAGUGGCUCUCAAUAUAGCAGUCAUACGCCUGCAUCUGGCAGUUGCAAUAACUUGGACAACGAAAAUCUUCUUGAAGAGCAUAGACAUAACAAGCGGAGUACUACACAGCUUGUGAGCACUGCUGCUGGGGAGACUAGAAAGUCAACGGCAGAUAGCGGUACUGAAUACAGCACAAUACUUUCAGCAGAAAGUCCUCAACGUCUUCAUGCUUAUGGUUGUCUCAAAACACAGCCAGAUAUUGUUCUGACGAUAUCAUCUGAGUACUCUCAUGUGACAGUAACAAGAACUAGUUCUAAUUCAAAAAUAACGGACAACACAUAUUCACAUAUUGGACAUGACAAAUUAAGGGAGCAUUCUAUAGACAAUGAGUCAGAAAGAGAUAGCACGUAUAACAGCCUACAGGCUUCACCUCAGAAGCAUGGAACUGACAAAAGUAUUAGGUUUGAAAGAAAUCACGAUACUUUAUACGACCAUACAAAAGUAGUUCGUGGGAGGAACUUGAAAGCGAGUAAGGCGGACGAAUAUGAGCCGUUUAAUUCGUUGGAAACAGCGAAAGAAAUCGCUGGCAAAGGCAGUUCUAAAGGUGACAAAGGAAGUCAUGUAUGUGUAUCAUUUGACAGCAAAGAAACUGACUUGUAUGAGGAAGCAGGUCAUGCUUAUUUCAUACUUGAACCAAAGAAAUGAAAACGAGAUAAAAAAAAUACUGCUUUGAGAUGGAUUCAGCAAAAUGCAUUGAGCUUUUGGGCAAACAUCAACUUUAUAGCAAAUAUAUCUUUUUUGUAACAAAAAAGAAACACAGCAUGUUUAUGAAUAACAUACAGUUUUAUUCCUACAGGGAGCCAGUGACGCAUUCAGCUGAUUAAUCCCCCGAACUCUCUUGAAAUCAAAUGGAUCUCUUUAGAUAAUACUUCAUUUCUUAUUUCCUAAUAUAUAGAAUAUUUUCAUCAAUGUAGAACUCUGUCAGAGACAAAGAUAACUCAGGAUGAUUAUAAAAUAAAAGGAUUUGACAAUUCAAGGUUUAUAUUCUAAUGACUUCAUUGUUUUCUGUAAAUACAUGUUUAUAUACAUUUUACAGAACGCGACUAUCAAUCAGAUUGUAUCUAUGUAAUAUUAUCUCUAUCAAAAUAGUUGUCAUUUGUUGGAAAACUAUUAAAAAUUGCAAAAUAGU